GACGACGUAUAGGUUGCAGGCAAGUGAGAAACAUGGCUAACGGGAAGCUGCUGGCCGUGCUUGCUCUCUUCCAGGUCCUGUCGCUCCUCCUCCACGUCCAUGGCGUCUCCGGGGCCAUCAGCCUCACGCACAAGCAUGCAAAGCGGCCCGGCGCAGGCGGGGGCGGCGGCGGCGGGAAAUGCCACGUCACCGGCUUCCUCCAAGGCAAGGCCGGCAAGUGCAACCCGGAGCACGGCUCCGACUGCUGCGUCUCCGGCCACCGCUACCCGCAGUUCAAGUGCUCGCCCCCGGUGUCCGCGAAGACGCCGGCGAUCCUCACGCUGAACAGCUUCGCGGCGGGAGGAGAUGGGGGAGGCAAGUCCUUCUGCGACAACAAGUUCCACCCGGACACCGCGCGGGUGGUGGCGUUGUCCUCGGGGUGGCUGCGCCUGGACGGCACGCGCAGGUGCAACAAGAUGAUCCGCAUCAACGGAAACGGGCGGUCGGUGCUGGCCAAGGUGGUGGACGAGUGCGACUCAGUGAACGGGUGCGACGCGGAGCACAACUUCGAGCCCCCGUGCCCGAACAACGCGGUGGACGGGUCGCCGGCGGUCUGGAAGGCGCUGGGGCUCAAGGAGUCGAUUGGGGAGUUCAAGGUCACCUGGUCUGACGUCUGAGCUUAGGCCAGGGAGGGGAGACAUAUGUGCACCUCACUCACUGUAAGCAGCGUAUGGUGUGUGAUGAGAUGCUACCUACUCUUGGCGGUGGACCGGGUCGCUGCUAAUCUAACUAAAUAAGCCGCCGUUCACGUACUUUGAUGAUUUUCAGGUUUAUGUAUUUGUCAUGUUUCGAAAUACCCAUGUGUUGGUGCGGAGCGACAAAAGAAAAAAAAAC